UUCCGUUUUGUUUCUUCAGAGAUGAUGCUCUCGGGUGAUGUUUCGUUCUAUAACUAUGCUAAUGACAGUCCACCACCAGUUCUUGAAGGAAUCGCUGCUGUUGUCGGCCGACAUGUUCUGUUCGGAAGUGAUGAAUCAGUUUCGGUUUCGGUUGCACAGCGUGGGGGCGGAGCUGAUUCGGCGGAGAAGAGAAGUGGAAGCAACAUUUCGGUGCAGAAGAGAUACAGAGGUGUGAGGAAGAGGCCGUGGGGACGGUGGUCGGCUGAGAUACGUGACCGUAUAGGACGUUGUCGACACUGGCUGGGCACUUUCGACACUGCGGAAGAGGCGGCGCGUGCUUACGACUCGGCGGCUAGGAGACUCAGAGGGUCUAAGGCUAGAACUAAUUUUGUGAUCCCGUCGCUAUUACCGGACUCCUCGUCUCUGUCAUCAUCUUCUUUGGAUAAUAAUAAGGUGGUUAAAUCCCGUGGUAGUAUGAGAAAAUGUAAUAAAACAUGCGUUGUGGUUAGCUCAGUAGCUCAGCUCUUCAGUUCUACUACUACUACUACCACUACUACUACUCCUACUACUGCUAGUGCUACUGCUUCUGCUUCUGCUAUUGUUGAUCAAAGAAAAAAAGCUUGCAAGGUAUUAAAGCUGGAUUUCAUGAACAUGAAUGCUGCAGCAGAAGCUAUUACUGGAUGAAGUAGGAUUUUAGCUCUUCAGUUAUUCCUUUUUGGUUUUGAAAAAUUGUAAAUGUUAGAAAGGUAAUUACAUAACUACAAGAAAGAUUAUCUUUAAUUUCCUGUUUUAUUCCUACUCUUGCAUGCAUGGGUGGACAUGGCCCUAGUUUGUUGAGUACUAGGAAUAAAACAGGUAAAGCAGGUAAUCUUUUUGUUGUAAUGAUGUAUGAGAUGUAUCUCUUCUUAUAUUUUGGUCAAGUAGUGCAAGUGUAUAUCAACU